GGUUAAUACGAGGAAGUAAGCACACAGCGCAGUUUCGUUUCCCUUAUGAAAGUUUUAAUUUGGGAUCUGCGCCUUAACACUGGAAAGGAGAAGCGCAAGUACAGUAGUAUGCGACGGGGGUUACAAGAAAGAAUACGCAGUUUUAUUCAUUCACAUGACAAUAUAAUAUCCCUGAAGUGCGAUCGAACGACUACGAUCCUGACCACAUAAUAAUAGUGAGUGUAUUCCAUGUUUGCAUGUAUUGAUUCGCUCUCUCGUAUGUUAUACGACAUUGAUUUAAAUGAUUGCUUUCAUAAAUAUGUAUAUGUUCAAGUUCGAAGUAUUGUCAGCCAUUGUAGAUAGAUGGUCACUAUAUUAAAAUGGUGGUCAUAUUGGUAAAACUGUUUCAGAAGUCAAAACGUUUCAUGCAAUCUCAUUAUCAACAUUGAUAUAUUCUUUGAUAAUGGAUUAAUAGUUGUGUUUCUUAUUUAUUUGAUAUUUGAAUGAUUGAUCAUGAAGCAGCAAGCCACUGUGCUCAACUCAAACAGUUUCCCCCAUGGGUGAAACGUCCUUUUUAAACGUUUAUUACACCGUACUUUAUUAGUAGUCUGUUUUCAUUAAGGUGUCAAAUAUUUGUAAGUCGCUCUGGAUAAGAGCGUCUGCUAAAUGGCAUAUUAUAUUAUUAUUAUAAUAAGAAAUUAAAUCUUCAUGUGCUUACUGCUGUUCUCUAUAUCGUCCGACAGAUGGCGGAGGCCGACACGGAAGAGAACGUGUACAGGGAGGCUGUGGCCGAGCCGCCUAUCGCGCCCCCUAAUGACGACAUUGACAUUGACAACCUGUUACCCGACGGUCCUCAGGGGAAUAUCCAAGGACAGGUGUGGUGUAAAAAAACAUGAAAAUACAAUGUUUUCACAACUUUGCUACCGAUGUUUACAAUGCAGUAUCAUAUGAUUUUAAGGAGCAUUUCACACUGUUUUGGUUUGUUAUGUCAGUAUGCUCUCAUGUCUUAUUAGUUAUUCUCUGAAACUAUUAAGCAUAAAAAUGAUAUACAGUGGGGAAAAAAAGUAUUUAGUCAGCCACCAAUUGUGCAAGUUCUCCCACUUAAAAAGAUGAGAGAGGCCUGUAAUUUUUCAUCAUAGGUACACGUCAACUAUGACAGACAAAUUGAGAAAAAAAAAUCCAGAAAAUCCCAUUGUAGGAUUUUUAAUGAAUUUAUUUGCAAAUUAUGGUGGAAAAUAAGUAUUUGGUCACCUACAAACAAGCAAGAUUUCUGGCUCUCACAGACCUGUAACUUCUUCUUUAAGAGGCUCCUCUGUCCUCCACUCGUUACCUGUAUUAAUGGCACCUGUUUGAACUUGUUAUCAGUAUAAAAGACACCUGUCCACAACCUCAAACAGUCACACUCCAAACUCCACAAUGGCCAAGACCAAAGAGCUGUCAAAGGACACCAAAAACAAAAUUGUAGACCUGCACCAGGCUGGGAAGACUGAAUCUGCAAUAGGUAAGCAGCUUGGUUUGAAGAAAUCAACUGUGGGAGCAAUUAUUAGGAAAUGGAAGACAUACAAGACCACUGAUAAUCUCCCUCGAUCUGGGGCUCCACGCAAGAUCUCACCCCGUGGGGUCAAAAUGAUCACAAGAACGGUGAGCAAAAAUCCCAGAACCACACGGGGGGACCUAGUGAAUGACCUGCAGAGAGCUGGGACCAAAGUAACAAAGCCUACCAUCAGUAACACACUACGCCGCCAGGGACUCAAAUCCUGCAGUGCGAGACGUGUCCCCCUGCUUAAGCCAGUACAUGUCCAGGCCCGUCUGAAGUGCAUUUGGAUGAUCCAGAAGAGGAUUGGGAGAAUGUCAUAUGGUCAGAUGAAACCAAAAUAGAACUUUUUGGUAAAAACUCAACUCGUCAUGUUUGGAGGACAAAGAAUGCUGAGUUGCAUCCAAAGAUCACCAUACCUACUGUGAAGCAUGGGGUUGGAAACAUCAUGCUUUGGGGCUGUUUUUCUGCAAAGGGACCAGGACGACUGAUCCGUGUAAAGGAAAGAAUGAAUGGGGCCAUGUAUCGUGAGAUUUUGAGUGAAACCCUCCUUCCAUCAGCAAGGGCAUUGAAGAUGAAACGUGGCUGGGUCUUUCAGCAUGACAAUGAUCCCAAACACACACCGCCCGGGCAACGAAGGAGUGGCUUCGUAAGAAGCAUUUCAAGGUCCUGGAGUGGCCUAGCCAGUCUCCAGAUCUCAACCCCAUAGAAAAUCUUUGGAGGGAGUUGAAAGUCUGUGUUGCCCAGCGACAGCCCCAAAACAUCACUGCUCUAGAGGAGAUCUGCAUGGAGGAAUGGGCCAAAAUACCAGCAACAGUGUGUGAAAACCUUGUGAAGACUUACAGAAAACGUUUGACCUGUGUCAUUGCCAACAAAGGGUAUAUAACAAAGUAUUGAGAAACUUUUGUUAUUGACCAAAUACUUAUUUUCCACCAUCAUAUGCCAAUAAAUUCAUUAAAAAUCCUACAAUGUGAUUUUCUGGAUUAUUUUUUCUCAUUUUGUCUGUCAUAGUUGACGUGUACCUAUGAUGAAAAUUACAGGCCUCUCUCAUCUUUUUAAGUGGGAGAACUUGCACAAUUAGUGGCUGACUAAAUACUUUUUUUCCCCACUGUAACUGCAACACUAACGACCCUGUAUUUCCCUCCCUUCACCUCUCUCGCUCUCUCCCCAUCCCCCUCCCUCCCCCUUCCCUCCCCGUCCCCCCUUCCCUCCCCCUCCCUUCCUCCUCCCCCCUCUCCACCCUCCCCCUCCCCCCCUCCCUCCUCCUACCUCUCCCCCCCCACCUCUCUCCCUCCCCCCUCCCUUCACCUCUCUCUGUCUCUCUCCCCCCCCCCCCCCUCCCUUCCUCUCCCCCCUCCCUCCGCCUCUCCCCAGAUGGAGGAGUUCCUGGGCCCCCAGCCGGAGUACGAUGAGGAAGAGGAGGAGAAGAAGUACUACAGGAGGAAGAGGCUGGGCGUGGUGAAGAACGUCCUUGGUGCCAGCGUCGGGGGCAUGAUCAUAUACAGCGUCUACAUGGGUAACACCUGUCUGUCUGUCUGUCUGUCUGUCUGUCUGUCUGUCUGUCUGUCUGUCUGUCUGUCUGUCUGUCUGUCUGUCUGUCUGUCUUCUGUCUGUCUGUCUGUCCUGUCUGUCUGUCUGUCCUGUCUGGCUGGCGGCUGCUGGCUGGCUGGCUGGCCUGCUGGCUGCUGUCUGUCUGUCUGGCUGGCUGGCUGGCUGGCUGUCUGGCUGGCGGGCUGGCUGGCUGGCUGCUGUCUGUCUGUCUGUCUGUCUGUCUGUCUGUCUGUCUGCCCUGCCUCUGCCUGCCUGCCUCCCUGCCUGCCUGUCUGUCUGUCUGUCUGUCUGUCUGUCUGUCUGUCUGUCUGUCUGUCUGUCUGCCUGCCUGCCUGCCUGUCUGUCUGUCUGUCUGUCUGUCUGUCUGUCUCUGUCUGUCAGUCAGUUCUAUUCAUAUAUGCCUGUAUUCCAUUUUGUGUGUGUGUGUGUGUGUGUGUGUGUGUGUGUGUCAAGUGUCUCUCGAGUGGCGCAGUGGUCUAAGGCACUGCAUUGCAGUGCUAGCUGUGUCACUAGAGAUCCUGGUUCGAAUCCAGGCUCUGUCGUAGCCGGCCGUGACCGGGAGACCCAUAGGGCGGCGCACAAUUGGCCCAGCGUCGUCCAGGGUAGGGGAGGGAAUGGCCGGCAGGGAUGUAGCUCAGUUGGUAGAGCAUGGCGUUUGCAACGGCAGGGUUGUGGGUUCGAUUCCCACGGGGGGCCAGUAUGAAAAAAAAUAAAAUAAUGUAUGCACUCACUAACUGUAAGUCGCUCUGGAUAAGAGCGUCUGCUAAAUGACUAAAAUGUAAAUGUAAAUGUAAUGUAAAUGUGUCUGUGCGCCUGCGUGCAUGUGUGUCUGUGUGUGUGAUCAUGUGUUCAUGCAUUUGUGUGUGUGUGUGUGUCUGUAGGCCUGUUGCAGAUGCAGCUGAUCCUCCACUAUGAUGAGACGUACAGGGAGGUGAAGUAUGGUAACCUGGGUCUGGAGGACAUCGACAAGAAGAUGCUGAUGGGGAUCAACGUUACACCCAUCAUAGGCCUGUUAUACACCCCCGUACUCAUCAGGUAUACUAUAUAUACACCCAUCAUAGGCCUGUUAUACACCCCUGUACUCAUCAGGUAUACUAUAUAUACACCCAUCAUAGGCCUAUUAUACACCCCCGUACUCACCAGGUACAGUACUACACACACACGUACUCCUGCUUUCUUCUCAUCUACUCUCUCUCUCUCUAUCUCUCUCUCUCUCUCUCCUCUCCCUCUCUCUCUCUCUCUCUUUUUCAGGUUUCUGGGCACCAAGUGGAUGAUGUUUCUGGCCAGUGGAAUUUACGCUCUCUUCGUCUCAACCAAUUACUGGGAGCGAUACUACACCCUGGUACCAUCGGCCGUGGCCAUUGGUGCAGCCAUUGUCCCACUGUGGGCGUCAUUAGGGAACUACAUCACAAGGUGAGGAAGUGGAGAAUGGAGACUAGCACAUCAACGUCACACAGACCAGAAUACAUUUAUAGCGAUCUCACACAGUUUGCAGUGUGUAUGUAGUGUUAUGCAAUGUUCUGCGUUUAUGUGUAGUGUUAUGUAGUGUUAUGUGGUGUUAUGCGGUGAUAUGCAGUGUUGUGUGGUGUUAUGUAGUGUUACGUGGUGUUAUGUGGUGAUAUGCAGUGUUGUGUGGUGUUAUGUAGUGUUACGUGGUGUUAUGUGGUGAUAUGCAGUGUUGUGUGGUGUUAUGUAGUGUUAUGUGGUAAUAUGCAGUGUUAUGCGGUGUUAUGCAGUGUUAUGUGGUGUUAUGUGGUGAUAUGCAGUGUUGUGUGGUGUUAUGUAGUGUUAUGCGGUGUUAUGCAGUGUUAUGUGGUGUUAUGUGGUGUUAUGUGGUGAUAUGCAGUGUUGUGUGGUGUUAUGUAGUGUUAUGCGGUGUUAUGCAGUGUUAUGUGGUGUUAUGUGGUGAUAUGCAGUGUUGUGUGGUGUUAUGCGGUGUUAUGCGGUGUUAUGUGGUGUUAUGUGGUGAUAUGCAGUCGUGUGUGGUGUUAUGUAGUGUUAUGUGGUGAUAUGCAGUGUUGUGUGGUGUUAUGUGGUGUUAUGCGGUGAUAUGCAGUGUUAUGUAGUGUUAUUUAGUGUUAUGCAGUGUUAUUUGGUGUUAUGUAGUGUUAUGCGGUGUUAAUCACACAGUAUUUUAUUGUUUCUCUUUCUCUCUCUGUCUCUCACACACUCAGGAUGGCACAACAGUACUAUGAGUAUGUCAACUAUAAGGAGGAUCACGUCCAGGAACAGAAGAAACUACCCAAGGGGGCGUGUCAUCGCUAUGUCAUUAUCUUCCAAUCCGUGUUCUUCAUCAUCUUCCAUGUAAGUUGCCAUUGGUCGAAUCACUUGUCAGUCAGUGAGUGAUAUCGGUUAAGCGUUGCCUUAAAAAAAAAAAAAAAAGAAUGUGUGAGUGCCUGUGUGUGUGUAUUCAUGUGUGUGAUGAUUCUGAUGUCUGGUUGUGUUUCUCUCUGUGUCUCUCAGCUCAGCCUGGUGUUUGCAGAGUUCCCCCAGCGCAUCUUCCUCCAGCAGUUCCUUAGCAACUACAACCACACACUGUACAAUGUUAAACACUGUGGUAAACUGACCAUUAGUCUGUUAUUAACUGUUCAAUGUUAAACACUGUGGUAAACUGACCAUUAGUCUGUUAUUAACUGUUCAAUGUUAAACACUGUGGUAAACUGACCAUUUGUCUGUUAUUAACUGUUCAAUGUUAAAAACUGUGGUAAACUGACCAUUAGUCUGUUAUUAACUGUUCAAUGUUAAACACUGUGGGAAACUGACCAUUAGUCUGUUAUUAACUGUUCAAUGUUAAACACUGUGGUAAACUGACCAUUAGUCUGUUAUUAACUGUUCAAUGUUAAACACUGUGGUAAACUGACCAUUAGUCUGUUAUUCACUUCCAUUUCCUAACCCUGACUCUCAGAGGAGAAGCAUGAUCUAUGGUUUUAAUAGCACUGCUUUCGUGCACCUCAGUCUCUCCCCCCCCCCCUCUAUUUCUCUCUGCCUAUCUCUCUCUCUCUCCCACCCUCUCUCUCUUUCUGAGAGGUAUGAUCAAUGGUUGAAAAAUAAUACAGGUUUUAGUUUUAUCACUUUAUCCCUCUGUCUUUAUUGGGUACAGAGGACAGUGGUAUGAUUGGUGGUUUUAAUAACCCCCAGGUGCGUAGAGCAGUGGUAUGAUUGGUGGUUUUAAUAACCCCCAGGUGCGUAGAGCAGUGGUAUGAUUGGUAGUUUUAAUAACCCCCAGGUGCGGAGAGCAGUGGUAUGAUUGGUGGUUUUAAUAACCCCCAGGUGCGGAGAGCAGUGGUAUGAUCCAGGGUUUCAACAGGACCGUCCUGAAGCACCUCCCUCGCUCUCUGCUGCUCAUCCAGGUGGAGAGUGUUCUCAUGGGGGCCGCCUUUCUCUCUAUGAUCAUCGUAAGACACACACACACACACACACACACACACACACACACACAGGCAAAGACACGUGUGUACACACACACCUAAAAUGAUCAUCCUAAAAACCUAGCUUUAUUCCACCCAACAAUCAAUGCAACAACCCCCUCCGAUUACCCAGUGUCCAUCGCUUGCUUUCCCACAGUCCUUUGCUGUGUGUUUUUUACCCGUAGUUCCUGGCGCUGUGCGGGGCUGCGUACCGCCCUACAGAGGAGAUAGAUCUGAGGAGUAUCGGCUGGGGGAACAUCUUCCAGUUACCCUUUAAACACCUGAGAGACUACAGACUGAGACUCCUCAUUCCGUUCUUCAUCUACAGUGGACUGGACACACUCUUCUCUGUCACCGGACUCACUCUGGUAAUCAUUACAAUGAAUACUUUAUUAACUGUAGCAGCUGCAGUCUGAAUGUUGUUCAUGUAACUUUUAUGUACCUGCUGUGUCACUUUAAGUAGUGGGUAGACAUAGAUUCUGUUUCUGAGUGUAGCUAUAUUCAUGAUGUUCUCUCUCUCUCUCGCACUCUCUUGCUCGCGCCUUCUUUCUCUCCCUCUUUCUUUCUUUCUUUCUUUCUUUUUUUCUCUCUCUCUCUCUCGCUCUCGCUCUCGCUCGCUCUCGCUCUCGCUCUCUCUCUCGCUCUCGCUCUCUCUCGCUCUCGCUCUCUCUCUCUCUCUCUCUCUCUCUCCUCGUCCUCCGUCAUCUCUCUCUUCUCUCUCUCUCCUCUUUCCUCUCAUCUCUCUCCUCUCUCCUCUCCUCUCUCUCUCUCCGUUCUCGUCUCUCUUCUCAUCCUCUCUCUCUCUCUCUCUCUCUCUCUCUCUCUCAUCUCUCUCAUCCUGUUCAUCCCCCUCUUUUUCUCUUACGUUUUUCCUCUCCUCUCCUCUCCUCCUCUCCUCUCCUCUCCGCUCCUCUCCUCUCCUCUCCUCUCGCUGUCCUGCGUCCUCUCCUCUCCUCUCCUCUCCUCUCCUCUCCUCUCCUCUCCUCUCCUCUCCUCCCCUCCCCUCCCCUCCCAGUCCUAUGGUGUGUGUACAGUGGGUCUGGAGUGGCUGUAUCUCCUGGUGAUGGUCUAUGGUCUGUCCUGUUCCCUGUUCUCCUGCCUGGGCCUGUCCCUCCUCAGACUGCCACGCUACGUCUCUCUGCUAGGGGGCGCUGUGAUCCAUGGUCCUCUGCUGGUGUUCCUGCUGUUCUGGUCCCCGGCUCCACGCUCACCUGAUCAACUGCCUUACCUGCUGGUGGUGACCGCCCUCUGGGGAAUGGGGUCUGCAUUGAAUAAGACUGGACUCAGCAGUGAGUUUUAGUACUAUGAUUAGACGCACACAGACACAGACACACACACAGACAGGUAGACAGAGGACUCUUUUAUUUCCCAGUUGGAAAAGUAUUGUUCUUUCCCAGUUCAGCCUAGACUUCAUCAUUUCCAACAUUUAUGUCUCCCCUCUCUCUCCCAUAUCUUCCAUCUCCCUCUCUCGCUCGCUCUACCCCCCCCCCCCCCCUCCACCCCACCCUCUCUCUCUACCCCCCUCUCCAUUGCACCUCCCUUCUCUCUCUCUCUACCCCCUUCUCCAACACACCUUCCCUCUCUCUCUCUCUCUCUCUCUACCCCCCUCUCCACUGUCCCCCCCUCUCUCUCUCUAACUCCCUCUCCACUGUCCCACCCCUCUACCCCCCUCUCCGCCGCACCUCCCCUCUCUCUCUUUCUACCCCCCUCUCCACUACCCCCCCCUCUACCCCCUCUCCACUGUCCCCCCCCCUCUACCCCCCACUCCACUGUCCCCCCCCCCCCCUCUCUCUCUACCCCCCAUUCCACUGUCCCCUCUCUCUCCCCCGUCUCUGUCUCUCUCUCCAUCUCUCUCAGUCCUCCUGGGUAUGUUGUAUGAGGAUAAAGAGAGACUGGACUUUGUCUACACCAUCUACCACUGGUGGCAGGCUAUCGCCAUCUUCAUAGUCUACCUGUGGACUGGACUCAUCAUGAGGGUAUGUGUGUCCGUGUGUGUCCGUGUGAGAGAAAAAGUGUAAAAAUAAUUUAGUUAAAGCGUAUAUUUCACUCUCUCUCUUCUUCUCUUUCUCUCUCUCAUUCCUGGUUCCUCCUCCUCAGGCCAAACUCUCCAUCCUAUUGGUCAUCCUUCUAGUGGCGUGCUUCUGCUAUUGGACGAUGGAGCGACGCCUGGCCAAGAACAUGCCUUUCAGACUGCCUCGCAUUCCCCGCCCCAAACACAAGGUAACCAAUCACAAUCUGUUCACUUUUUGCUAUGUUUUUGCAUUUUCUUCCCCCUAUCCAAUGGUAUUAAAAUAUUAUGAAAAUACCAUUGGCUGGAGAAAAAAUAGCAAAUAUCACAUAUCACCAUCACUAGCAAUGCGAUAAAGACAAGCAAAACAGAACAUCGACAUUAAACAGUCAUUGUUUAAAGUUUGGCAUUGGCAAUAAAGACAAUUAAAGAGUGAUAUCUUCAAUAAUGACACAAAGUCAACAAUUGACAUGUUUGGUCUGUGAUGUCAUGGAAUGUUGACCGUGUCACUUCUUCCUCAGGUCAAAGGUUAUCGUUACCUGGAGGAGGAAAACUCAGACGAGUCGAACACAGAGGAGAGUGAUGAGGAUGAGGAUGAAGAGCAGCAGGAGGAGGUGAUCAGGGAGGACGUCGGCGGAGACGCAGGGUCGCAGGGCUCUGAUUCCACCAGGGAGAGGAGGGGAGGGGCCAGGGGUCAGCGCAGGAGGCGAGACGAUGAUUACGAGCAAGCGGGGGAGAGGGAGGAGAGAGCGAAGGAGGGAUAGAGAGAGAGAGAGUGAGAUAGCGAGAGAGGGAGGAGAUUUAAAGAAGAGAGUGAGAGAGAGAGAGAGAAAAUGUGUUCCUUUUCAUUCCCUUCUGCAUUAGAUCCUCUAGGUAUCCUCUAGGUAUCCUCUAGGUAUCCUCUAGGUGUCCUCUAGGUGUCCUCUAGGUGUCCUCUAGGUAUCCUCUAGGUAGCCCCUAGGUGUCCUCUAGGUGUCCUCUAGGUUUCCUCUAGGUUUCCUAUAGGUGUCCUCUAGGUAUCCUCUAG